AUGCUCGUCCUUCAAGCUAUCACGUCCGCUCUCCUCUUUGUCGGAGCAGCAUCAGCUUCCGCCAUCGAUUUCUCCAAGAGAGACGGAGCCGUGAGCCUUGCAAAGAGAGACCAGAAGCUCACUGUUUCUCACUGUACCGGAUGUCUCGCCGGCCCUGGAGGGGGUGUGAGCUGCGUCAACAACUGGUAUGUCCACUGGGGUGAUGACAAGCUCGGUUCAUGCAACGAUAGUAGCUUCCUGUACGAUGAUUCAUCCUGUACUGGCCAAAUGCCUACGCCGUCCGGUACUGGUGACUUCUCAGCAAGCAAUUGUGGCGCAGGACAAGAUCAAGUGUUUGCAACUGUCAAUGCUGGCGGGAACACCUACACUUGUUAUAAAGCUGCUGGCUCUUUUAGCAAUUUUUGUGGCGAAAACUAUGCCUGCGAUGUUUAUGCGAGCUGCUACGGCCCAUAA